UAACAGGGACUCAUGGAGUCAGAAUGUGGGGCCAAUGGAACAGCCAUUACUGAGUUCAUCCUGCUGGGCUUGGUGGAGACACCAAGACUGCAACCAGUUGUCUUUGUGCUCUUUCUCUUUGCCUACUUGGUCACCGUUGGAGGCAACCUCAGCAUCCUGGCUGCCAUCUUGGUGGAGCCCAAACUCCACACUCCCAUGUACUUCUUCCUAGGGAAUCUAUCAGUGCUGGAUGUUGGGUGCAUCAGUGUUACAGUUCCCUCAAUGUUGGGUCGUCUAUUGUCCCACAGGCGUACAGUUUCCUACCGAGCCUGUCUCACACAGCUCUUCUUCUUCCAUCAGUUGGCUGGAGUGGACUGCUUCCUGUUGACUGCCAUGGCCUACGACCGAUUCCUGGCCAUCUGCCGGCCCCUUACCUAUAGCACCCGCAUGAGCCAGAUGGUCCAGAGGAUGUUGGUGGCUGUGUCUUGGGCUUGUGCAUUUACCAAUGCUCUGACCCACACUGUGGCUUUAUCCACACUCAACUUCUGUGGCCCCAAUGUGAUCAAUCACUUCUACUGUGACCUCCCACAGCUCUUCCAGCUCUCCUGCUCCAGCACCCAACUCAAUGAGCUGCUGCUGUUUGGUUUGGGUAUCCUCAUGGCAGGUGCACCUGUGAUUCUCAUUGUUACCUCCUACAUCCAUGUGGCAGCUGCAGUCUUGCGAAUCCGCUCUGCAGAGGGCAGGAAAAAAGCAUUCUCUACAUGUGGUUCCCACCUCACAGUGGUGGGCAUCUUCUAUGGGACAGGGGUCUUCAGCUACAUGAGGCUGGGUUCAGUGGAGGCUUCCGACAAAGACAAAGGGAUUGGCAUACUCAACACUGUCAUCAGCCCCAUGCUGAACCCACUCAUAUACAGCCUUAGGAACCCUGAUGUGCAGGGAGCCCUGAGGCGGGUGCUCACAGGGAAGAGAGCCCUGGCAUGA